AUCGUUCAGUCGACUGGUGGCUGUUGGCUCAUUUCAAUCAUCAAAAUGAGAAUUCUAACGGUGCUCGGUUUCCUCGCUAUUCUGCAACAGAGUUAUUGCGAGAGUUUAUUUUGGGACGACCGAGAGUGCAAAAGGUCUGGACAUUCGACGCCCUUGGAGAGGCUGAAGUCGCAUCUUUUUUGCGAGUACGAUCGCACCAUUCGACCGGUCACUUCCCAUAAAGAGGUCAACAAUGUAACCAUAAAACUGAUGCCGAAGCUAAUGGAAUUUGACGAAGCGUUAAGUAACAUGGUUCUGCACAGUUGGAUGCUGCUUGUUUGGACGGACAAACAUCUCAGUUGGUCGGCCAGCGAUUUCGAGGGGAUUAAGUACAUCUAUGUGAGCAGCAACGAGAUAUGGGUGCCCGAUCUUUCGAUUUACAAUUCGGGUGAUAUGUCGGCCGAUCAGUCCAUACCUGAAACAAUGUGCUUGAUCGAUCAAUCUGGAAAGGUGAGCUGCGUUCCAGCGUUAAGGCACGUCUCUAAAUGCGUCACGAAUUACGUGUCGUGGCCUUACGACAGCCACCGGUGUCUAAUUAAUUUUGGCUCUUGGUCGCAUUCUGGGGAGGAAAUAAAUUUUCAUCUGGAUCACAAAGGGUACCAAAUGGCUGGAUUCGUGAACAAUAGCGUUUGGGAUUUUAAAAUUCUGAAUGCGUACAAGGUCGUGAAGAUGUAUGCGUGCUGCCCAAACGAUACGUACCCCAUGAUCGUUUACGAAUUUUCCAUAGUCCGGCAUCACGGCAUACUGCAAACCACAUACAUUACUCCAGCUAUAGCAAUGAUAUUGCUUACGUUGACGGUGCUGUGGUUGGAUUCUAGAUCAACGGAACGUAUUGUUAUAGCUGGUGUUAAUUUAAUUUGUCACCUGCUUUGCAUAUUCGAUAUGCAUUGGCAAUUACCGCACAACGGCACAAAUCCGCCUAGUAUAAUGCUGUAUUACCGAGAUUCGCUAGCCUUAGCUGUGUUCGCGUUCGUCUUAACCGCCCUGCUGCGCAAAAUACAAGAAACGAACAUCGAAGUGCCUCGAUGGAUCUCCUCGACAACGUCGUUCGUUCUGAGCAACAAAGCUGGACGCUUUCUAGUUCUGACCGAAGAGGAUUCUAGCAGAAUACUCAGCUCAGAGAUGGACGACAAUUCCGACAGUCCUAAAACCGAAACAAUAUCUAAAGAAUCAUCAUGGAGACACUUUGCAGCCAUCAUCGAGUGGUUGUCCUUCUUCCUCGUAGUGUUCACCUACGUCAUCUUGCUGAUCACCCUUAUGCCAUCCCCCCUCCUUUUCGUUUGUCUCCUGAUCCUCGGCAUCUCUCAUCGGGCGACGUGCGUGUUUGAUGCGUGCAAAUACAUAAUGACCAAUUCCCCGCUGAUGCAGCUGAGGAAUUAUGUAUUCUGCACUGACCGAAUGAAGGUCCCAGCCCCCAACACCACUGUCAGCUUUGAGUUCCACAUGCAACACUUCACAGUCGAUGAAUACCUGGGCUUUAUAGAUUUACACUUUUGGAUGCGAUGGGAAUGGAAAGACAAAUAUCUUACAUGGACACCAUCGAGUUACAACGAUAUUAAUUGGAUGGAAGUAUCGACCAGCGAUAUUUGGAUACCGAAAACCACACUGGGGGAAUCGGCGCAUAUAGGUACCAGUAUCGAUAUACCAAGACAGGAAUGCUCGUUACACUAUUCGGGUCUAAUAGUUUGCAAACCAAGGAUAGUGUACAGCGCGUAUUGCACAUCAGAUCGCACGUGGUGGCCCUACGACGUGAUGAAUUGCAGUGUAUAUAUUGGUUGUCACUCUUAUUCUGCCGACGGCGGACAAAUAAAUAUAGUGCGUAAUUCACUGAUGCAAAUGGAACAUAAUAAUUCACAAUGGGACGUGUUACAAAUUUCCGCAAACGAAUACGAAACAAGAAAUUCAACAUUAUUAUCUUACAAUAUUCUUCUGAAACGAUAUGGUGAUAAUAAUCACAUAAGUUUUAUAACGAUGGCUAUAGUGUUUAUGAUAGUGACACUGAUGGUACUUUGGUUGGAGCCAAAAUCCAUCGAACGGAUGAUAAUUGCGAAUUUGAAUUUCGUUCUUCAUCUACUUGGUAUGUUGGAAUUACAGUGGAUGCUUCCUUUUAAUGGAACCAGUGUCCCAAAAUUAUUUCUUUUGUAUGAAAAGUCUUUCCUCGUGGCUGGCUUCUCGCUCAUUCUCACCAGUAUUCUGCGCCAUUUGCAAGAAUUAACCGUUGAUGCACCUGUGUGGAUAUCAUCAAUCUCGGUUUACAUUUUGAACAGCAGAGUGGGUCAAAUAUUUUUAGUGAGCUUUUUGGACCCAAAAGUAUCGGCUAGAAUAGAAUUAAAUGCAGACGACAACACUAAUCUUGUGUCUCUCAAUCGGAAAGAAUCUACGUGGAGGUACACGUCGAUUUUAAUUGGGUGGUUUGCGUUUUUAAGUAUUUUAUUUACCUAUAUAAUAUUGUUGGUUGUUCUUCUUCCGACAAGUGCGUCUUUCAAUUCAAUAUAUUGAAUUCUUACAUUAAAAAGAACAUUUAUGUACAAAAAUAAUACUUGAUUAAUGUUUCAAUUCUGAAAUUAUAUUUUACGGUGUAUUGAAAAUGUCAGCAAAUUCGUGUUAAAUGAUA